UGCUAAUCUAACCUGGUAUCAACAACAACAACAAACAGGCUAACUUGGAUAAACAAGGGCAGUUAAUGUUAGCAAAAUUGACCUCAACAUACUUUUUUUUUUUUUUUUUUUUCAAUUAGAUGGAGUUCAUGCCUUCUAAGAAGUCAGCAAGGAAACCUCAAUUAAUGAGUAUUUAUACAUUCUACUGGUGUAGGGCCCGGGACACCCAUCCUCAAGUUCAACACUGCAGUCUGCUGACUUCAAACGCACACACGUAUAGCUAUAGCAUUAGCUACAUUGUGUCAGAUGACGAGUUGUCACUAUUCUUUAGGUGUUUUUCUACACUGAUGAACCUGAAAUGAUGAUCGGAUGCUAAACUGAUUUGCGCAUGCCCGGUGUGCAUGAAUGGUCAUGUGACACGCGUAUUCAGUCGUGUAGUGUGGACGGAGAUCUGAAACACGGCGAACAACGCCAGUGUGGACGAGGAUUGUUUUCAUUUUAAAAACUUAAACACACUAGUGUAAAACCGGGCCUAAAACGCGGUCUUCGGUGUUUCCGAAAGUUUUCGUUUUUGAGGGUCGAAAACGCCGGAGUAGUGUAGACACCAGGCGUAACCGUAGCAAAAUCGUUUUAAAACGAGAACGCACUAGUGUAAACAGGGUCUGAGGUUUUUCCCAUAAUUAGUCUACAGGGCUGCAGCUAGAUGUCACUCUGCUCAGGAGCAGAACGGGACGGGCUUUAGGACCCGACGCGGGGAACAGAAAAAGGGGGAAAAUGUUUCACAGAGCUUGGAAGUUGCACACUGGGCUGUUGAAUUGCGCGCAGUGCACGCGCUCGGUACUCGCGAACUCUUCUCUAGCAGUCACUGAACCGAGCUCCAACUUUCCACCGCGUCGCGCGGAGAAGCGGAAACUGCACACCGCCUCAACACAGAGAGCUGGAGCGGAAAGCGCGGGCGGCAAGUAAUGCUCGCUGCACAGCGCGAAGCGGAAGCGAGUUGACAGAGAGAAGAUAUAUAUCUGCAGUCAGAAACCGAAUCCUGAGUGAAGAGAAAACAAACACAACCGAAACGCUCGCGAGGGAGGAUCACCGCUCAACACAAGCACAGCGUCCAGUCGGAUGACUCAAUCGAUCAGUUCACGCGCGCGUUCUGCUGCAGCUGCGAACCGAAUCAGGAGUCGGCUCAGCGAACUGAACACACUCCUUACGGUUUAGAAGAUUAACAGAAAGAGGGGCCAAUAUUUCUGGAAAUUGACGGCGAGCUAGAGGGCGGGCGGUUGAUGAAACCCUCCCACAAAUCUUUUCCACUCCUCCUCUGAGCUCCUCCCACAGCCCUGUCUCCAUGGCGAUGAGCAGCGACCCCGGGUACGUGGAGCCGGAGCUCGACUCCGACUCCUCUUCCACCUCCUCAUCCCCAAUGCCUCUCUCUGCCAAGAUGGCCGCCAUCACCAUAACUGACCCCUCCAUCAACGGGUUGAGAAAUGGGGCGGGGCAUAAGAGGGCUCCACCCCAAAGGCCACACCUCUCCGGCAGGAAGAUGUCGCUUCAGGAGAGAGGGACGUACCUGUCAGCAGGGGGUGGAGCUGAGCGCAUCUCUCACAUUUCACCACGCUCUGCACGACGGCCAACUAUCGAGUCCAAGCGGGUGUCCAUUUCAGACUCACAGGACUGUAUCCAGCUUAACCAGUACAAACUGAAGAGUGAAAUUGGGAAGGGUUCUUAUGGUGUGGUCAAACUGGCCUACAAUGAGGAUGACGAAAAGUAUUAUGCAAUGAAAGUGGUAUCUAAGAAGAAGCUGAUGAAGCAGUGUGGAUUUCCACGUCGCCCUCCUCCUCGAGGCCCUAAAGCAGCUGUGGGGGAACAGUUGAAAGUGCUUGGGCCCCUUGAGAGGGUUUACCAAGAAAUCGCCAUCCUAAAGAAGCUAGAUCACCUGAACAUAGUCAAACUGGUGGAGGUCCUGGACGACCCAGCCGAGGACAACCUGCACAUGGUGUUUGAGCUAAUGCAGAAAGGCCCAGUGAUGGAGGUGCCUACAGACAACCCUUUAACUGAGGAGCAGGCCCGUCUCUACUUCAGAGAUAUUGUCCUAGGCAUCGAAUACUUGCACUAUCAGAAGAUCGUCCACCGGGACAUCAAGCCCUCAAAUCUGUUGCUUGGAGAUGACGGCCAUGUGAAGAUUGCCGAUUUUGGUGUUAGUAACCAGUUUGAGGGUAACGAUGCCUUGCUCUCCAGCACUGCAGGGACACCGGCUUUCAUGGCCCCAGAGACUCUGUCUGACAACCGCAAGAGCUUUAGCGGAAAGGCUCUUGACGUGUGGGCAAUGGGAGUGACACUUUACUGCUUUGUGUUUGGGAAGUGUCCUUUUAUCGAUGAGUACAUCCUGGCUCUGCAUAACAAAAUCAGGAGCAAGCCUGUGGAGUUCCCCGAGACACCAACUAUCAGUGAAGGCCUGAAGAAUCUGAUCCUGAAAAUGCUGGACAAGGACCCUAACACCAGGAUAACCAUUCCUCAGAUUAAGCUGGACUCCUGGGUCACGCAGGAUGGCACUGACCCGUUGCCUUUGGAAGAGGAACAUUGCACUGUAGUAGAGGUCACAGAAGAGGAGAUUCAGAACUCGGUCAAAUUUAUUCCCAGUCUGUCUGCUGUGAUCCUUGUGAAGGCCAUGCUGCGGAAGCGCUCUUUCGGGAACCCUUUCGAGUGUCCCAGCAGGAGGGAGGAAAGGUCCAUGUCUGCCCCGGGCAGCCUGCUCAUGGACUCGUGGCCGUUUCGUCCCUCUCUUAAACUCCACCCUUCUUUAAGGAAAGGUAGCAGCGGAGAAGCUGGACGAGAGGUGGAGCUGGAGGACCUGCAUGAAGAUGAACCGCCCUCUUCUGAUGAUCACUCAUAAGUGUGUGCGCAUAUCGGCCAUAAGCUCCGCCCCUUUACUCAUUCCUAUUGUACAGGCAGACUUAAAUCUUACUUUUCACAUUAACAUAACCUUCAUAAACGCUAAAAGAACAUCGUGAAAUUUGAAUUUGCAAACUGUUCAUCCAUAUACGUAUUCCUAAC